AUGAAAGGAAGUAGUAGCAAUCUGUCUCUAUUUUUCUUAUUUUUAACAAAUUCUGCAAGUUUUAUAAAUGCCCAGUGCUGUAAAGCACUUUUCAAUUGCAACUCUGCAUUAGUGCACACAUUUCGCCAUGUUGACGCCGAGCUGUCAAAUUUUCUUCGUUCCUUCUCUUUCUUUCCGGUUAGCGUCAUGCCUUUCGAGAGAUUCGUACAAACUGGUCGCAUCGCCAAGGCCUCUGCAGGUCCCCUGAAGGGUCGCCUGGUGGCCAUUGUCGACGUCAUUGAUCAAAACAGAGUUUUGGUUGAUGGACCUCUGACUGGUGUUCCACGUCAGGAAUACAGAUUGAACAAUCUGCAUCUGACCAAAUACCGCAUCAAGUUCCCAUACACCGCGCCCACAAGCAUUGUGCGCAAAGCUUGGGUGGACAGCGACCUGAAGGCACAGUGGAAGGUCAGCGCCUGGUCCGUCAAGGCACAAAACAUCUGCAAGCGCUCGCAAUUGAACGACUUUGACCGCUUCAAGCUGCGCUAUGCCAAGCGUCAGCGCAACAAGUUGCUGACCAUUGCCUUCAACACAUUGAAGAAGCGCACCAAGUCCGAUGGUACACCCCGUAUCCUGAAGAAGGAUCGUCGUGAGCGUCUGCGCGCAGAAAAGGCCAAGCCCAAGGCCAAGAAGUAAAAUGGAAAACAUAAAUUUAACGAAAGUAACUGCUUGAUGAACAUCCAACACAAAGGAGCAAAUAAAAGAAGUGUUAUUUUUAGGAAAAACA